AUGCUGGAUGAAGGGAGACCGAUUCGCGAGAGAAGUAGGAUGGUGUUCCGAUGCGUCCUCAAACAGCCAGGACGCCAGGCCAUCGUAGAAGAAAUGUCCAUAUCGUAUUCAAUGUCUGUGCGGAAUUUGUGCCUGAAAGGAGAAACGACUAAGCGAAACCCAGAGACUCUUGGAGACUAUUCUCGAAUACGAGUGGACGCGGCCAGGCGGAGGCGAGUUGCGGGGCCCCGUGUGAGCAUGAGGACACGAGGUGGUGAGCAUGGUGUUUCCUUGGUUGCCGCAGCCGAUGUCGGUUUACCGAGGCGGACCGGAAGCUGCGCGUCAGCCGUGACUGCAGUUUCCACGUGUGAAAAACGUGGUGGCUAUCGGAGCAUAAUAGCAUAUGAAGCCCAAAUUCUCACCAGACCUACAAGUAUACUGCAAGAUUCAGGUGGGAUGGACGCCCAGCCAUAUGUAUUUGUAAAUGGCGCAUCUCGGCCUGCCACGCUGGAAACACCAUUCCCCAACACGAAAGAACGAGUUGGUCUUGGCUCAUGUAACCCUGACGUACUUUUUACACUCACCAAAACGCGUGCCCGGUUCCAUUCCCCAUACUUUCGAUGCCAGUCUCAUGGCCCGUCUUCCUAUUCAACUUCUUCAGCCAGAAGCAAGCAGCGAAGCGACGGCACCGCAGGUGAACGCGACGAUCAGGACAAUACAAUCCUUCCAAGUUACGCCGAGCAAGUUCCCCAUACGUUCGUGGUUUUGGAAAUGGCACUAGCCAUAGCCAAAGUAACCGACGCUUCGCCUCCAGGCAAGUUGAAGUUAGAUGCAGAUCCCCUAGCUAGGAGGGAUAUGGGGAAGGAUCUGUCCCGAGUUGAGAUACAGAGCGCUCACGAUGUGGAGUUAGUACUCUCUGGUUCAUCUGGAGUAGCAAAAGAGAGGAUUUUCAAUGCGGAGAUGCUUCAAGGUCUGGACGAUGGAGGCAAACGGGUAACUAAAUUCAUAUUGACCACGGCCGAUCCCCCGGCUGAUUCGCUAUGUCACAAUGACAAAUACCUCUUCCGAGAGCCAGUUCACGUUCAACGGGUAGUUAGGAAGCAAAGCCUAUCGAAGGAGGACAAUGCCAAAAUGAUAUCCUCUCACGACUUCGAUAUCGCCCACGAUACCCACAACAAUGAUCCACCAAAAGCAAACAAGAAUCAGGAAGGAAGAAUAUGCACCAGGAAAUUAGAGCGCCUUGGUCACGCCGACCAAGAAUCGAAGGACUACCAUGCUAGCGUAGUUCCGUAUGAAUCCUAUCGCGCCAGAAACAAUAUUUCAAAUGAUUACAAUGCCGGAUGCUACUACCACGGAGUAGGCUCUAUCGCUUUCUACUCUAACAUUUUCCACUUCUCUUUGUGUGAGGCCGUUCCAGUCCAUACAGGAGAGGUGAAGUCCGGGAGCUUCCUUAGUUUUCGCCAAGCCCUUGACCGGCUGGAGAGAACACAGCAUAAUGCGCACCCUUGUUACACGGUGCCUUGCCAAGUCCUUUUUUCCGAUAACUACGGAUCCAUCGCACGAUUUCUUAUCUCUAAAAUAUUGGGUGUGCAUAUUGUAGCAAAACGCUCCCGAGUGGAGACUCCGCGGAGAUCAGAGAUCUAUUGGGUCUUGUGGUAUGGCUUGCAGGUUACUUUCCUAAGAUACAGCCGAGUGGAUUUACAGGAUCAUUCCCGCUUGCGUUUCAUUGCGAAAGGGAAUGGAGUAUCUUUACGUAAUGGAGCUAGAAACAAGAUCCAUGUACUUGUUUCAAUUUCGUCUACCGCAGCUAUUGCUUCUCCUUUUCCGGAGCCUUUCAGCAGCACCGUCAAAAUGGAGGAAGCAAAAAGCUCAUCAAAUGAAAAGAAUCCACCCGUACGCCAGGACUUCAACUCUCGGAGCCUUUUAGAGAUGAAAGUGGUUAAAUCAUAUGCCGUAUCCCUAUCUUAUCCUCUAAAUUGUCCUUCAGGCGGGUUUAGAAGAGGGGCCGAUAUGGUGAAAGAGUUGUGCCUCGGUGCAAGGACAGCUGGAGCUGACUAUCCCUUUGUGCGACGAAGUAAGACCAAAGUAGAAUUGAGCGACUUAUCGAUAGUAGGUUACAGUGUGGAUAAUGAUUACAAUGUUGUGAACCCCUCCACUAGCCCAAUGUCUGAGUUCCGGCACGAAUGUCUAAGGAUUGCACAUCUACGGAAAGACUCGUCAUAUUCGAAAUCGGAGGAGCCUAUCAAAGAAGUUUCGGAAUCGGCAAGUGGCAAGUAUCCCACCUGCAAGUACCCAAUAGGCGGGACAGAGGGAGGGUUGAUACAUAUUGAUCAAAUGUCGUUCAAAAUUGGUCAAAAUUCAUCAAUUCACUAUGGAACCCGGUUCUCCUACAUGAUCCUGGAUCAUACUACAUUAUCCUUAAUUGUACAGCAAACGAAUGCCCUGUUUUCGGAGGACCACUCGCUUUUUGGAUCGACUGAGAGCCUCCCCAAGGCUUCUCACUCUUCCUUAUCCUCCAGGUCCUUUGUUGAUGAAUUCGGCUGGGUUGAUUGACGGCAGCGAUAAGAUCGUUGGCUCGGGUUUUAGCCACCCCAUAUAUUAGCAGUGAGGCGGCCGUUGCCUUUGUAUCAGGGUUUGGCUGAUGCGACAAUGGGACGGGUACUGCGUCGAUAGAGAGAGUUCAAUGAAGCUGCAACGGAGCUUUUCGACUUUUUUUGGCGUUCCGUAGCAUACAAAAUGGAGGGGUGGGUGACCAGGUUUGCUACUUCA